UUAAAAUAAAAAUAUGAUAUAUUAACUUAUUUUUUCUCUUUUAAUUGCUGUAUUAAUUCCUUCGUUUUUUUUUUAAUAAAAAAGCUUUUGUAUUAGGAUUUCAGCAAUUUCACUUUUGUCACUUAUAAUUUUUAUUUCCUAUACUAUAUUAAAAUUUGGUUUCUUUGAAUAACCAAUUCCUAUAGAUAUUUAUUCAAAUUGUAAUUAUCUUGAAAACACUAUCGGACCUGAAGACUUUGCAAAAGUAGAUUCAAAUAGUUUUCUAUUUUCAUCUAAUGAUAAUAUUUAGUAAUGGGAAAUAGGAGGUCCUAAUAAGACAUAAAACGGACAUAUUUAUUUAUUGAAAAUGGAUAAAAAUUUAACUUCUUAAUAUAAAUUAAAAUUAGAAAACUUUCCAUAAACAAUUCCUUUUCAUCCUCAUGGGAUUUAUUUUAGAUAAGAAGAUUAAGUACUUUUUGUAAUAAAUCACCCUUAUAUUUUCGAAACUCCAGGUGAUAGAAUUGAAAUUUUUAAGUUUAAUGAAUAAAAUAAGACUUUGAUUUAUUUAUAAUCUAUUUAUUUUGGAUAAUAAUAUAAUGGAAUAUUAAACAAUCUCAUAGUUUUCGAUAAAGGAAAAUUAUUAGUUACUUAAUAUUUGUCAACAACAGACCCUAAAGAAGGGAGAACUGGAAGAAACAAAUUCCGUGAAUUGGCUGAUAUAGCUGAAGUUUUAUUCGAAUUGGAAUAUACUUAUGUUUUAUCAUGUUUAUGGAAGGAAGAAUAUAAUUAAUAAAUAGCCUUGCCUUAAUGUACCGUAUUAAAGAACACUAAAGGUACAAUUAAUAAUGGAAUCACAUGGGAUAAAGAAUAAAAUAUUGUUUUUGUAUCUGAUAUAGGUUAAUCUAAAAUAAAUGUAUAUAAUUUGAAAAAAGAAGAUGGAAAUUUAGAAAAAACAAAUGAAAUUUAAACUUUAGUAUAGUUAGAUAAUAUAAAUUUUGAUGAAGAAAAUAAACAAAUAAUUGGAGGAGGAUUAUUUAGAAUGAUUGAUUAUGUAAAUUUUAUAUAAGGAAGUAAAUAAAAAGGUGAAGUAUUACAAAAUAUGGAUAUUUAUUGGUGUGGUAUUUUAGAAAUUAACUAUUAAAAAAAUCUCCAAAAAAUAAUUUAUUCAAAUAAAAACUCACCUAUAGGAUGCACUAUAGCUUUUAAAGGUUAAAAUAAUACUUUAUUUAUAGGAAAUUUUGGAGACAAAGGAAUAUAUAAAUGUUAAAGUUGA